CGUAUGUUUUCUUUUACUAUAAAACUUGAACCAUUUGUUGUGAUUAAGGCAUAAUUCAGUUCGUCUUCUCUUCGAAAGCAACUUACAUUACUACUAUUCAACAUGUUCAAGUUUAUCGCUGUUGUCCUUUUCGCUUUGGUUGCUAUUGCUUCUGCUAAACCAGGUAUUGUAGCUCCAUUGGCUUAUAGUUCACCAUUGAUUGCUGCUGCACCAGCUUCAGCUGUCUACUCACGGGAAUACCAUGGAAACUUUGCUUCACCCUAUGUUGCUGCUCCAUACGCUGCUGCUCCAUACGCUGCUGCCCCAUACGCUGCUGCUGCUCCUUUGGUAGCUUCACCAUACGUUUCUGCUGCUUACAGUGCUGGAUACGCUGCUCCUUAUGCUGCUGCAUACGCUUCACCAUACGCUGCUGCUUAUACUACUCCUUACUUGUUCAAGUAAAUUGAAUAGUCUUCAAGAUCAGUGAUGCGGUUCCUAAAAAAUGUGUGAAAGAUAAAUUAAGAGAUAAUGGUAUAAAUAAAAGUUCAUAUUCGAAAGAUUGACGAAUUGAUACGAAAAAAU